GCAGGGCUGGGGUCCCAGGGAGUCAGGAGCAGAGAGCCCGGGAGCACUCAGGCCAGCUCUGCCCGCACAGCUGGAAGAUGAAGAUCUCCGCAGCUGCCCUCUUCUUCCUCAUCCUUGCUGCUGCCCUCAGACCCCCGGCCAAUGGAGCCCCGGCCCAUGGUAUCAUGAUGGGCAAACCUGAUCACCCCCUAAUCGGGCAUGGAGGCGUGCACCGUCCCACUGACUGCUGCCACUCCUACACCCCCCGAAAUAUCCGAUGUGUAUUCAUGGAGAGUUUUUAUGAAACAAGCAGUGCGUGCUCCCAGCCUGCUGUAAUCUUCUUAACCAAGAGCGGGCAAAAGGUCUGUACCAACCCCAUCAAUGAGAGAGUUCAGGAAUGCAUGAUGAAGGUGCACCCAGAAAAUACACUGGGAAAACGGCUGGCUGAGGAGGAGCUACACUAGAUGCCACGCAGCCACGUCCACUCUCUCACCUUCUGGGAGUUUCUUGGCCUGAAUUCUCUUGUCAAAAACAACAAUCAUGUUCUGUUCUGGUUGUAAAAACUGUGCACCAUUAAAAAGUAUCCAAUUUCCUUUACUUGAACUGUGUGAGGAAAAACAAACAUAGGAAUUGCUGA